AUGGAUCGACGUCACGUCACGCACUUUUACCCCUGUAAAGACAAAGCGACAUUCUCCACUCGUCGUCGCCUCACCCUCUCGCGCAUGGUCCGGCUCGAUCCCGCCGCCGAGGUGGUGCUCGAUUUUAUCCGAGCCCUAUGUCAUCACACUUUGGUCGCACAUAACCGCUUCGUCGACGACGGCUCGCGCGUGAACUUUCUCGGCGCGCGCCUCAGGGACGUCCCGGCGCGCAGGAGAGAAGAGUUUGAUGAUUGGAUCGGCGGUCUGUUCGAUUCCUUGAGAGACAGGGCGUCGGGAGGGAAGCCGCACGUGGUGACGCUCGCGCUCGAUCGCGAUGGCGCGGUGGAGACGGCGAUAGAUUUCUCGUUUAGGGUGAAGACGGAGCGGGACGGCGGCGAGAGCGCGGCGGCGGCGGCGGCGGCGAGCGCUAGAGACGCGCUCGGGACCUUAGCGGCGAGAUUCGUCGUGGCGCUUGACGACGAGAUAUCACGCGCGCGAACGCGAGAGGGUGGCAAGAUCGGCUACGACAUCACGUGCGUUGGUCCAGAAGGCUCGGAGCCGCCGAGCGGUUGGCGCGUGGACGAGACGUCGAUCGACGUGCCCGGUGGCGAGCGCGUGAGCAUCGGUAAGGGCGCGUGCGAAACGGACGCAAUUGAGGUCGACAUAUCGAUGCUCGUUCGACGACGGUGA